AUGCAAUCAACAUCCGUCGGUAGUAGCAGCGGCGGAAGCGGCGGCGGCGGAGGAGGGCAGGUGAGUCGAAGUGGACUAUCUCGGAUCCGUUCAGCUCCAGCGACUUGGCUUGAAGCUUUACUUGAAGAAGAUGAAGAAGAGUCUCUGAAACCUACUAAUCUCGGUCUCACCGAUUUACUCACCGGAAACUCAGCCGAUUUACCGACGACUCGUGGCUCUUUCGAGUUUCCGAUUCCGGUUGAGCAGGGUUUAUACAACCAACAAAGUGGGUUUCACCGACAGAACAGUACUCCGGCGGAUUUUCUCAGUGGUUCCGAUGGAUUCAUCCAAAGCUUUGGGAUUCCGGCGAAUUACGACUACUUAUCAUCGCCGAAUAUCGAUGUUUCUCCGGGGAGUAAACGGUCUAGAGAAAUGGAAGCGCUCUUCUCUUCUCCUGAGUUUACUUCUCAGAUGAAAGGAGAGCAAAGCAGCGGUCAAGUUCCUGCUGGGGUAUCAGGGAUGGUGGAUAUGAACAUGGACAAUCUCAUGGAGGACUCUGUUGCUUUUAGGGUUCGUGCUAAACGUGGUUGUGCAACUCAUCCUCGUAGCAUUGCUGAGAGGGUACGAAGAACGCGAAUAAGCGAUCGUAUAAGGAAGCUACAAGAGCUUGUCCCCAACAUGGAUAAGCAAACAAACACUGCAGACAUGUUAGAAGAAGCUGUAGAAUACGUGAAGGUUCUUCAAAGGCAGAUCCAGGAGUUGACAGAAGAACAGAAGAGAUCUCGAUCUCGAUUUUCUCUUCACCAUGGAAGGUACGUCACUCGUAAAUCACCAAUUACACUCGCUGCGACGGCGGCGUCAGCGUCGGAAUCGGCGACAGCAGGCGUCGGAGUCGGAGUCGGCGACGGCUGCGACGGAAACUAA